AUGCCGUCAUUACCGCAUGUAUAUACAUCACCAAAUGGUCAAAUUGCAGACUACCACUCAAAGCGUUCAGUUAAACGAAAACGAGCUGUUUAUGAACAGUUGGAUGUGGACAGUUCAUUGGUUGCCGAUAAUGACACCUACCAUGCAGGGUCAACAACUCCUUAUAUGAGUGAUGAUAUCACUAAAGAGGCGAAAAGUAACACUACCACUACUACUACAACAACAAUAGGCGAGACAGACACAACAACAACCACUGUCGAACUGGAACAAACCUCUGCGCCUGCUAACAUAACAAUAGCAAUGAAUGGAACUGUCAGUGAGACGACAGAUAUGAACAGAGAAAAGCACUCAGCUUCCAUGAAUACUACUACUACGACAACAACAACCAAUGGUCGAACGAUGACACCACAGAUGACUACCACUACUACCACUACUACAGCUGCCAUCACCAAACUUCCUACAAGACUGGAUGAAAAUGAACGACACGCAACAUGGUCAACAUCACCAGGUCAUCGGAUAUCACGCAUUGGGGAUAGUGAUUACGAGACUGCCUUUCAGCCUUUUUCAGCUCCAGUCGAUAUAACUCAUACUAAAAGUGGGCAGGCUACACUGAAACAUCAACAGAUAUUAAGAAGACAGGCUGAAAAAUCAAAUUACGGUGGAUUACCCUAUGGUGGUGUUGUUAGUCUUUCGAUAUUGGGUGUAACAUUUGGCCUACUGUUUCUUCUUUGGUUCUGUAAACGUUGUGUCCUGAGAAAACGUCGAUCGAAGAAAGAUGGCAAGAAGAUGUCAUUGGCUGGUGGCAAGUUGGCUGCUGAUUUGAAAACUGCUGCGCAUUUAUCUGAAGUAUUGAAAAAUCAAGAUACUGUUGCUCUGAAAUCUGACAUGGAAAUGAAUGAAAGUGAACAAGCUGGUGAAAAAGUGAAACAAUAUUGUGGAAAACUUCAAUUCUCACUGGAUUAUGACUUUCAGAAAGCUGAGUUAACAGUUGGUGUUAUUCAAGCCUGUGAUUUACCAGCUAUGGAUAUGUGUGGUACAUCUGACCCUUAUGUGAAAGUGACUCUAUUACCAGACAAAAAGAAAAAAUAUGAAACUAAAGUUCAUCGAAAAAUACUCAAUCCAGUAUUUAAUGAAACAUUUAUUUUUAAGAUUCCCUACGCUGAGAUUACAGCGAAAACAGUUCAAUUCACCGUGUACGAUUUCGAUCGAUUUUCCAAACAUGAUCAAAUUGGACAAAUUAAAGUACCUCUGAGCACUGUAGAUUUAUGCAAUGUAAUUGAAGAAUGGCGUGAAUUGAAUCCACCAGAGGGUGAAGGGGAAAAAGAAAAUCGCUUAGGUGAUAUUUGCUUUUCACUGCGUUAUGUACCAACUUCGGGUCGUUUGAAUGUCAAUAUACUUGAAGCGAAAAAUUUGAAGAAGAUGGAUGUCGGUGGACUUUCAGAUCCCUAUGUGAAAUUAUCGUUAAUGUUUAAUGGGAAACGUGUUAAAAAGAAAAAGACAACAAUUAAAAAGUACACGCUGAAUCCAUAUUACAAUGAAUCAUUUGCAUUCGAUGUUCCAUUCGAUCAGAUACAAAAAGUCAACCUCAUUGUUACAGUUGUCGAUUAUGAUCGUAUCGGUACCUCAGAGCCAAUUGGUCGUGUUGUACUAGGCUGUAAUGCUACAGGCGCUGCUCUACGCCAUUGGUCUGACAUGUUGGCCAAUCCAAGACGACCAAUUGCCCAAUGGCAUACACUACAAGAUAUGCCAGAAAAGAAUUAACAACAUUUAAGGAGCAAUGCAAGUUGGAUAAAUGCAGAAAAAUAAAAUGUAUUGGCAUUUAUUGCUUACACAAUAUACAUCACCGUAUAGCCUUCUAAACAUUUGUUUUCAUUUCAAAGCAAUUCACGCUGUUUAUGUGUGUUGUUUAAAAGUGUUAUUGUAGGAUGCAAAAAAAAAAUUAUCUUUCAAAUAAAUCAGAAAAUGUAUUUUACCAAAGCAAAACUGUUGAUAUCUGUGAGUACAGUGCAAAUAUAUAUAUAUCUAUAUACAGAAGUAAAUUUUAACAAACUUAUAUAUAUAUGUAUACGUAUACACCUACACAUAAAUCGAUACAUUUACAAGAUACGCGCUUAUCUGCAUGCAUAGGGCAUUUUAUCUGCCCACUCUCUCUAUAUACAUGCUGCUUAUUUCAGCAAUAACAGCCCGCUUAAACACACAUGCACACACACUUAUAUGUACACGCAUAAAUUAACAAACAAGUUAACAAUACAUGCCCAGCUUUAAAUUACACCUUAACGCGUAUAUCCUUGAAUAUUGAACAAGCACCAAUUAUGUUGAACAUUGAACAAAUAUUGAAAUAUUUAACUGAUUAACUAACUAACUAACUGACUAAUUUUUGUGUAACCAAUAGACGAUUGGCUAGCUGGCUGAGUGCCUGCCUACCUGCCUGCCCGCCUGCCUGCCUGCUGCCUAUUAAUAAUUAUUUGCCCUGAACAAAUAUUUUCUGUUAUUCGAUGAAAUAAGGCGUUUAAUUUUAAAACACUACUUAUUUUACGUCAUAUCUCAAGGCUUCUUUUGUGGUCUUUUGUGGUCUUCAAUUGGAUGGAUUUAUUUUAUUUAUUUAUUUAUUAUUUUUUUUUUGUGUUUCAUUAUCUUUUUUGCUUGUACUUUUGUUUUUGUUUUGUUUUUUUGAUGUUUCGAUGUGUUUCUCUCUGGGUUCGUUCUUUUUCUCAUUUAAUUGUGUUUGUUUUUGUGUGUAUGACUGAAUUAUUGCAG